CCACUAAAAAAAAAAAAAGGGGGGCAGGCUGUUCCGGGAAGGGGAAGGUCUUUCCAGGUCAUACAAUAACAACUGUAGUCAUCCAGGAAUCCAUCGGGUGGGAAUUCUACUGACUUCACUUGGAUUUAAAUCUACUUAAAGUCACCCAGACAGGAUGUCCGUGACGGAGAGCCGGGCUAACGAGACCCCCGUGGUGACGCUGACCACCAACUCCAGAAGUCAAUGGCCUCCUUUGUGCCAAAUCUUCUGCGGCCUGUGCUACAGCCCAUUUUGCUGCUCCGUGUCCCAGCACCUGAGGAAGACCAUGGGGACGUCCCAGUCCGCACUGGGGGCGCUCCAUAUCAUGGUGGGUCUGCUCCACAUCGGCCUGGGCAUCAUCCUCCUCUGCUCAGGACCCACCGUCUGGUGGAGAAUGACCGAGACCGUAUUUCCUGAGUGGCUGGGAGGACUGUUCAUCAUAUUUGGCAUCUUCUGUAUUUUGUCCGAGAAGUACCCAAGUCCAUGUCUGAUCAUUGUCAACGUGAUCGUGAACUUAUCAGGAAUUGCCUUUGCCAUCGCGGCCAUCGUACUCUACUCCUUCAACUUAAGAAGGUUACACGUGUGGGACCUUUGCGAGCGCUAUGACGACGAUUAUUACUGGAGGAAAAGGCAGAACCAAAUGCCGACCAUGAGCGCCAGUGAGGAGCUCAUGAAGCAGAAAUGCUUGGAGGGAAAAUACCUCUUCCUUACAGUCCUGAGAGCCAUCAGUGGCGUUCUGACGGUGCUGUCAGUCCUGGAGCUCUGCCUCGUCAUCAGCUCCUGUGUGAUGGCCAUCAAGGCUCUGAGGCGAAGCAGCAACCGAGACCAGAAGAGCCUUUAUGAUCCAGAGAAAUUCACCCCACUUUUGGAGGAAAAUAACCCUUCAGCCUCCAGAUAAAAUCCCUUCCUCUUGCUGUAAUCGAUUCCUUAAUGACAAGUGAUGACACAAAUUGACAUUUUUCAACGGACAUUUGCUGAUUUAUAGAAAAUCCGAUAUACUGUACGUGCUAGCAAUUAGCCUUAGCAAUUUUGAACACCUCCCAAUAUGACAUUGAAAUCAAUGACUAAGAUGCGUAGUCCACUCAAACCGCUGAUAUAUUACACAUUCUACACACACACAUAUAUAUAAAACAUAUUUAUACACACAUAAAAUGUAUACAAACACUUUUAAGGCUCAAUAAGAGAAGAUACAGUAUUAGCACAGUCAAGCUAACUAUUAAACAGCAGGUUUGAAAUAGCAACACAAAGCUUUGUCGCCACCUACUGGAGUGUUAAUAGAUGACACCCAGCUGCAUAGCAAGUUUAGGGAGUAAAAUGCACCUUUUUAUACUGCUUUUAUACUACUUUUUAUACUUCAUUUUAUACUGCUACGCAUUUGCAAAGUAAUAUCAAGCUAUUUUAGCCAGUAUUAAGAACUUUAAUUCUUUGUUUUCCAAAGUAACGUUGCAUUUUUUUAAUACUUUUAUAUGGUCAUCUAGGGAGGAAAAACCCAAUUUAAGACAACAAUAGAAAAUGUGAGGAUCCAUUGUGUGUUACAUAAAGGUAAGUUAAAAAUGUGAAUGGCAUGAUAUCAAAAAAUAUGGUUUUUGAGGAAUACCUGGAAUAUAAAAUGAUAAAAAAAAUUCAUUACGAAGAUAUUUAAAGAAAACAACUUGAUUGGGUCAUUUUUGACCCACUUAUGGAAGGUUGGGGUAGUAAGACUAGUAAGACCAGUAAGACUAAAGACUGACUGUUUGUUUCUCUUCUAGUUGCUAAUUUUCAAGAAAUAGUCGUGAGUAUAUCUGAUAAAGAUAUGUGUCAAAUUUUUAAGAAAAAAAGUUUGUCCAAUAUAGGAGAGAAAGUGUGCCAGGACACCGGAAAUGUCCAAAAGGUCAAUUCGAACUAUUUUUACACAGGUUUUAAGAUUUUGAUUUUGACUUUAUUAUCAGCAGCUGUGAGGAAACAUGGAAGCCAGAUUCAAGACUUUUUCUGAUUGUUGUUUAUACCGGAGAGUGGGACUCUUGUCUUGUUCUGCCUGCAGGAUAUCCUGUCUGCCUGCAGGAAAUGUGCUCCAAUUGGCUUUCUGUGCACUCAUUUCCUCCGACACGUCCGACACAACUGGCUGGCAAAUGCAAAAAAAAAACAAAAAAAAAAACACAGGAAAUGCAAAAUAUACAAGUUGUAUUUCACAAAAAAAAUACCUUGAAUACAUAUAUAUCAUAAGUAUGUUUCAUUGUGUUUCUGAAAUUAUAGUGUAUUCUGACAUUGUGUAAUUUUGCUUUACUAUAUAGCUUUGGGAAAGUUUUUUUCCACAUUUUGUUAUGGUACAUCCUUGUUCCAAAUAAAUGAAAUCAUUUUUACCGUCAAA